GGCGGCGCCCGGGGCAAGAUGGCGGUGUGCGUCGCCGUGAUCGCCAAGGAGAACUAUCCCCUCUACAUCAGGAGCAUUCCAGCUGAAAAUGAGCUCAAGUUCCACUACACUGUGCACACCUCCCUGGAUGUUGUGGAUGAAAAGAUCUCAGCGAUGGGCAAAGCCCUUGUAGAUCAGAGGGAGCUGUACCUAGGGCUCCUCUACCCUACUGAAGACUACAAGGUGUAUGGCUACGUGACCAACUCCAAGGUGAAGUUUGUGAUGGUGGUGGAUUCCUCCAACACAGCCCUUCGAGACAACGAGAUCCGCAGUAUGUUCCGAAAGCUGCACAAUUCCUACACAGACAUCAUGUGCAACCCUUUCUAUAACCCUGGGGACAGGAUCCAUUCCAGGACCUUUGACAACAUGGUGAACUCCAUGAUGAUGCAGGUGUGCUGAGGCUCUGCCCCUUCUCAUCCCACCCUUGAGAACCUCCCCCAUGUACAGGACUGUGCCUACAAAGUGAUGUGUAUAUAUAGUCUUCAUUCUCUGCAAGACAUUAAAUGUGUUCUGUGCAAAAUAAACUUGAGACCUGCAA